UUCCUGAAAAAGGAAAAAAUAUAUUUUACCACGAAAUUUUGUGUAAAAUGACAUCUCACAACACGUGUUUACAGCAAACGUGGGUUAUAUGUGUGGCACUAAUAAAUCUCGAAAAUAGCCGACGAGUUCACCCAGCUAGCAUAACACCGCGGAGCUAAAAGCUAAAAGCGCAGUUUUAUCUCUUAUUUUUAAGUCUGCUGUUCUGCGGAGACACUGAACUGCUCAAUUUUUCAGUUUGGAAACUCUUUCUGUGACUCAGAGGCAGCUGGCUGUUUUGUGUCAGGCUCAGGAGAAACUUAUUUCCCCCCGUGUUUGCUGCGAUGGCUGAGGCUCACCAGGCCGUUGCGUUCCAAUUCACCAUCACUCCGGAGGGCAUUGACCUGCAGCUGUCCCGCCAGGCCCUCGGUCAGAUCUACCGCUCUGGCCUGCGUUGCUGGAAGAAGCGCCUCAGCAGGAUGAAGAACAGGGUCUUGAAGGGAGUGUAUCCUGCUAGCCCCUCCUCCUGGCUCUUUGUUGUCAUAGUGAUCCUGGCUACCAUGUACACACAGUCUGACCCCUCUAUGGGCCUGAUUACUAAGAUACAGGAGCACCUGCCCCUCAGUCUGUCUCUCACUCUGAGUGCUCAGGGUCAGACGAUGGUGUCGGCGCUGCUCUUCAGUACUCUGCUGUGGCUCUCUCUGAUUUUGGCUCUGAGGUUUUGUCUGAAGGUUCUGCUGUCAUAUCACCGCUGGAUGUUCGAGCAGCACGGACGCAUCUCGACCAUCACUAAAGUCUGGGUGUCUCUGGUCAGGUUAUUGUCCAGUAGAACGCCGCUGCUGUACAGCUAUCAGACCUCCUUGCCACACCUGCCUGUUCCUGCUAUCAGAGACACACUGGAAAGAUUUCUGGAGUCGGUCCGUCCACUGCAGAGUCCUGCUGAUUUUGAGCGUGUGAGCAGAUUGGCUGCUGAUUUUGAAAGGACUCUGGGAAAUCGCCUUCAGAGAUACCUCAAACUCAAAGCACUGUGGGCAACUAAUUACGUGAGUGACUGGUGGGAGGAGUAUGUUUACCUCCGGGGGCGGAGUCCCAUCAUGGUCAACAGCAACUACUAUGGAAUGGACUUCCUGUAUGUGACCCCGACAUCCAAUCAGGCAGCACGAGCCGGAAACACCAUCACUGCCCUCCUGCUGUACCGCCGCAAGGUCAACCGUGAGGAGCUCAAACCUAGUCGUAUUCCUGGUACUGUUAUACCGCUGUGUGCAGCCCAGUGUGAGCGGAUGUUCAACACCACGCGGGCUCCUGGAGAGGAGACAGAUGUGCUGCAGCACUGGCAGGACAGUGAGUUUGUGGCUGUGUACCAUAGGGGGCGCUACUACAGACUGUGGGUUUACCGUGCUGGACGCCUCCUCUCUCCCAGAGAGAUCCAGUACCAGAUCCAGAAGAUCCUGGAUGAUCCCUCACCGCCUCAGGCAGGAGAGGAGAAACUGGGAGCGCUGACCGCAGGAAACAGGACUCCAUGGGCUCGUGUGCGGAAGCAGUACUUCAGCUCCGGAGUGAAUAAGCGCUCACUGGACUGCAUCGAGAAAGCGGCUUUCUUUGUCAGCCUGGAUGAGCAGGAGGAGGGCAUGAAGGGGGAUGACCCGGAGGGAAACCUCGACUGCUAUGCUAAAGCCCUCCUGCACGGCAAGUGCUAUGACAGGUGGUUCGAUAAGUCCUUCUCUGUGGUGGUCUUUAAGAAUGGCAAAACAGGCCUGAAUGCUGAACACUCCUGGGCUGAUGCUCCUACAGUGGCUCAUUUAUGGGAGUUUACUCUGGCCACUGAUGCCUUUCAGCUUGGUUAUGACAUCGAUGGAAACUGCAGAGGUGAAGUGGAGCACUCUCUACCUCCCCCUCAACGGCUGACCUGGGACAUACCACCUGAGGUCCAGGCUCAGGUGUCUGAGUCACUGGCGGUGGCUCAGGCUCUGGCUGAUGAUGUGGACUGCCACGUGUUUCCCUUCAUGGAGUUUGGGAAAGGCCGCAUGAAAAAGCUGAAGAUCAGCCCAGAUGCCUUUAUUCAGCUAUCACUGCAGCUCGCUUACUACAGGGACAGAGGCGGUUUCUGUCUGACCUACGAGGCCUCGAUGACACGUCUUUUCCGUGAAGGCCGUACCGAGACUGUCCGCUCCUGCUCUAGUGAAAGCUGUGCUUUCGUCCUGGCACUGGAGGAGCGAAAGGGAAGAGAAGAGUGCUGCAGCCUGUUCCGCAAGGCUGCUGAAAAACAUCAGAAUCUCUACCGGCUGGCCAUGACUGGAUCAGGCAUCGACAGACACCUGUUCUGUCUGUAUGUGGUCUCCAAAUACCUGGGAGUGGACUCCCCUUUCCUAAAGGAGGUGUUGUCUGAGCCCUGGCGUCUCUCUACCUCUCAGACUCCAGUACAGCAAAUGGAGCUCUUUGACCUGGUUAACCACCCUGAGUUCAUCUCACUAGGGGGAGGCUUCGGCCCAGUGGCUGACGAUGGCUAUGGUGUGUCCUACAUCAUCGUUGGCGAGAACAUGGUCAACUUCCAUGUGUCCUGCAAACACUCCUGCAAAGAGACUAACUCUCGUAGGUUUGGCUCUGAGAUCAGCCGGGCCUUAACGGACCUGAUGACUCUGCUCAGCAUGGACUCUUCUGGAAAAAAGCAGCUCUGAACUGUGAUGGAGUGUGAGAGUGAUUGUAGGUGAGAGAGUGAAUGAAUGAGUGAAUGUUGGGAGAGUGUGUGCGAAUUCAGCACUGGUCUAAGCAAGCUGAGUUAGGUUUCCCAGGGGAGGUUCUGUAACGUAAUCUGGCGGAUUUUACUGUGUGGUUGGUACGUGGUAUCUGUAAAACUUUUGCAAAUUCCCUCAAUUAGCUGGAUUAUUAAACAAUACACAAUGCAGAUUCAUACUGGUUUAAAUCACUCCACAGGUAUUAUUUAUUAGUAUUUUAAGACUGCACAAAUUAAACACA